UAUUCUGUACUCCAUAAAAAAGAGAAUGCUCAUGAUGAAAGUAUUUGGAGUUGUGCAUGGGGAAGAUUUUGUCCAGAAAAAAAGAAAAAAUCUGAAGGAGACAAUCAAGCUGAUGAUGAAAAAUCUAGAGAUUCAAUAAUGUCUGAUGAACCACCCACAGAUUAUAUUGUGACAGGAGGAUUAGACGAUUUAGUUAAAGUAUGGGAUUUCCAGGAUGACAGGCUGGUUCUGAAACAUAAACUUGAAGGACACUCUCUUGGAGUGGUUUCUGUGGCAGUUAGCAAUAAUGGAAAAUUGUGUGCAUCAAGUUCACUUGAUUCGAGUAUGAGGAUAUGGGAUUUGGAAAAAGGAGAGAAAAUAGCUAAUGUCGAUGUUGGACCGGUGGAUCUGUGGACAGUUGCUUUCAGUCCAGACGACAAGUAUAUCAUUUCUGGAUCACAUGCUGGAAAAAUCACAGCAUAUAGUGUGGAAACGGCCAAACCAGAACAAACUUUCGAAACAAGAGGGAAAUUCACGUUGAGUAUUGCAUAUAGUCCAGAUGGCCGAUAUAUAGCAAGUGGAGCCAUUGAUGGAAUCAUUAAUGUUUUCGACGUACAUUCCAAUAAGUUAUGGCAAACUUUGGAGGGUCAUGCUAUGCCAAUUCGAUCUCUUUGCUUCUCACCUGACUCGCAGUUACUACUGACAGCAUCUGAUGAUGGGCAUAUGAAAUUAUAUGAUGUUCAGAAUACUGAAAUGAUCGAGACACUAUCUGGUCAUGCAUCGUGGGUCGUCAGUGUGGCAUUUUCUCCUGAUGGAAAGAACUUUGUUUCCGGUAGUUCUGAUAAGACUGUCAAAGUAUGGGAUGUUGCUACUAAACAGUGUGUGCAUACAUUCAAAGAGCAUACUGAUCAGGUUUGGGGCGUUAAAUAUAAUCCUGAUAAUAAUAAGAUCAUUUCUGUAUCAGAAGAUAAGGGUGUUAAUGUUUAUAGUUGUCCUGUGUAA